AAAUUUGAAUGUGUAAAAAUGUGCUUUAUGUGAUCAACAACACUUUUUAAGUCAAAAAAUAUGUCAGCAAAUAAGUACUUCGCAUAAUGUUUUAAUUUAUAGGAUGUUUUAGUUACAAUAGUUUCCAUAGUUUCUAGUACAAAUCGCUGCAUUAUAGGCUACUAAUAGACUACUAUAUAGGCUACGUGCAUACCUCACUAUACAUUAUAUACAUAGCUAGGCCUUUACAUAUGUUUAUGUCUUGCUCACUGUGUCAUCAUCCUCGUGUAUUGUGUCAGAGAGCUCUCCUCUCAUCCAUAAUUACUGGCAUUUCCAUCAAGUCAAAUAGGUUAUCAGAACGGGGAGGCGUUCCCGUCCGGAGGCAGCGCGAUGACGUCAUAUCGUAUGCGGGCUCUAUAAAGAGCGAGCCGUCCAUCUAAACUCCUCACUCCUCUCACGGCCAUCAAAGCGGCUCAGCUUUUCGAGUUGGCAACUCCAACGCUACAAAACCGAAUAAAAGCCGCAAGAUGUCGACCGACAUGUACACGGAAUCUCGCCGGGUCUGCCCUUCACUCCGCGGCAACAAGUUUGACACGGCGCACCGCAAACGGGCGGCGGCGAACAUCUUCGAGAACGUGAACCAGGACGCGCUCAUGAGGCUCUUCCAGAAAACGGGAGACAUGAAAGCCGAGGAGAGGGUGAGGAGCAUCUUCUCCUUCGCGCAGGAUCCCGAAGAGACGGCCAGAGCUUUGAUGGCCCUCAAGCAGAGGAAGAAGGAUAAGUUCCUGCAGAUCGUGGGGGUGGUUCGACACUUUCUCAAACUGCGUUGACUGUCUACACGCGAUGACGAAAUGGUCGUUGAUUCAGACAGUGACACGCCAGUGACACAUGGCGAUGAAGCGUCCAGAAUGGACGAGAAGGAACAAAACGGAUGAAGGAAAGCCCAGUAAAGCCAACAAAUGGCAGUAUUACAACGCACACAGCGCCGAGUGCUCUUUGAUACAGAACAUGAAGGACUGGACUGGUGCUGUGUGCGCGAGAGGGGCGCGAUGACGCUCGUGUGAAGGAAUCCCCUCGUGCAUCAUGAAGACGCGCGAAAACUUGUCUCAUGAACUAUACAUGUAUUUUGAAGAAGGACUUUAUCACGUGCUACUGCACCUUACAGGUGUGUUUAAUGGUGCAAAAGAACUGUGAUCGGAGACCGGUGAUGAAGUUACAAGAACACUGCCCGAAAAAUGCCUACAAACAUUGAAAUGCCUUGUCUCUAUUCCAGUUUGACGUCGUGAUGCUUGUUUUAACACUCAAUGGCCACUCAUUUAUUUGUCACAGUGUUUUGAUAACACCAUGCACUUGUUUCCAAAAUUAUGUUGCAUUACUAUUUGUAUAAUAAAUUAUUAACUAAAAA